GGCCAUUCUACACCAGGAAACACAGAGUUCGCGUCUACCAACCACACCGAGACUUCCACUCAAAAUGGCCGAAUCCCACGACGAAGCAGUCCGUGCUGCUGAGCUUAAGAAGAAGAGAUCCUUCCGUACCUACUCCUACCGUGGUAUUGAGCUUGAGAAGCUCUUGGACCUCUCUGCCGAGCAGUUGGUCGACUUGUUCCAUGCUCGUGCUCGUCGUCGCAUGCUCCGUGGUCUUGGUGCCAGCGCUUCUCGUUUCAUCAAGAAGCUCCGUGUCGCCAAGGCUCAAGCUGCUCCCAACGAGAAGCCUGAAGUCGUCAAGACUCACUUGCGUAACAUGAUCAUUCUUCCCGAGAUGAUCGGCUCUGUUGUUGGUAUCUACAACGGUAAGGUCUUCAACCAGGUUGAGAUUCGUCCCGAGAUGGUCGGCCACUAUCUCGGUGAGUUCUCUAUCACCUACAAGCCUACCAAGCACGGUCGUCCUGGUAUUGGUGCCACUCACAGCUCUCGUUUCAUUCCCUUGAAGUAGAGUGCUGGAUGCGAGGAACACAAUUGCUGCUGUCGCUUUGCAGUAUGGUCUAUUAAUGCAAAGUUUGGCUGCGUGUUAAAGAAACGGUUGAGAGUGUAAUGGGAGGGUUGUAGAUGGAUUGUUGAGCGUAGGGUUUAAAGAUUGUAAGGUGCA